ACGAACGAGCUCUUAUAUCACACAAGUUUUAAACUUAGUGAAUAACGAACGAAUUUCGCGUUGAUGUGACAAAGCAUUCAAAAUGAAGAUAACAUAUUUACUUCUAAUUGUCUGCUUUAGCGUGGUGUGUGCGAAAUAUUUGCCCGAUGAAACAAACUCUAGACGAGCUUUGUUAUGGAAGUCCGACGAUUCAGAUUCAGAUGAUUCCAAACACAUAGACUCCAGUGAAGAUAGCAGCAACAAUGACGACGACGACGACAGUGACAAUUCCGUGGAGCGAAAAUUACAGGAACAGGAACGUAAACGUCAAGAAAAACUGGCAGAGCAGAAAAGAAAAGAAUUAGAAAGAGAAGAAAAACUGAAACGGAAACUGGAGGAACAGAGACAAAAAGAGGAAGAAAAAGAACGUAAACUAGCGGAAAAACUCGCUGAAAAACAGCGCAAAGCACAAGAAAAGUUGGAAAAAGAGGAGCGAAAGCGCCAAGAAAGAAUUGAGAAAGAAAGACAAAAACAAGAAGAAGAAAAUCGCAAGAGGCAAGAGAAAAUUGAAAGGGAAGAACAAAAACGUUUGGAAAAAGAACGUAAACGAUUGGAGGAUUUAAAGAACAAAGCAAAUCAUAGUCAACAACCCAUUUCUUCAGAGUCAGUGGAAGAUACUGCAGAAGAAGAAUUAGAUCUUGAAGAUAUUUGGAAAGGUUACAUAUAUCAAAGAUAUGGAGUUAACGUGAAUAGUACUGCUAUCGAAAAGAAAUUGGCCAUACGUAGAUAUAUGAGUGAAGAAUUAGGCCUUAACGCUAACAGUACUAAGGGCGAUUUCCGCCAAGCUGUUAUUAAGUUGAUACAAACAAGGCUUCAGGGUGAUGUUUCUGUUCAAGAAUAUUUUAGGAAUCACAUUUUGAGUCAUGUUAACGCUGUUGGCAUACAACAAUUGAAAUCAGAUUUAGAAAGGAAGUUGGAGAAGUUGAAUAAUAAAACAAUACUUCUUAAUAAUUACAACUUAACUACGGCACCAGAAGCACAGUACGUUGAAGAAAAGAAAACAUUCAUUCAAGCUAUUUCACAGUUUUUGGCCAAUAUUCUGCCAAACUGGGUCACCGGAAGUACACCAAACACGAUCUCGAACCAAAAUGGAGCAGCUAAUUCAGUGUCUGCAGGUCAAGCUAUCGCCAGUGGCCCUUCUGCCGCUGGAACUGUUGAUGCCAACGGACAAUCUACUGCUUCUGUGGGCUCUUCUGCAAGUGAAACUCAAUCCAACUCUGCUGCCUCCAAUGCCGCACCUCAGGGACAAGCUGCUGAUAACUCAGCGUCUGGAAGUACUGUAGUGAAUGGUGCUGUUGGAGAUUCUAGCGUUGCUGCCAAUGGACAAACAAUUACAGCUGAUGGCUCCGUUUCUGGAAUCGCCGCAGGCAGUGGAAUAGUUGAUAGUUCGGACGCUGGAAUUGCCGUAGUAAGUGGCAGUGGAGCUAAUGCUGAUGCAUCUGGCGUAGCAGCCCAGGGUCAAACAAAUGCUGCUGCUGGUUCUGUUUCUGUAACUGCUGCAAACGGUGGAUCUGGAUCUAAUCCUGCUGUCUCUAAUGCCACACCUAAUAGCCAAACGAACUCUAUUGACGGUUCUACCUCCGCCGCUGGAAGUUCUGUAGUGAAUGUUGAUGGCUCAGCUGUAGUUCCCGAUGGACAAGUGAGUGGUUCUGAUGGAUUAGCUGCUGAAGUCCCUACAGCCGGUGCAAGUGGAGCAGGCUCUGCUUCAUCUGCUGCUGCAUCUAAUGGACAGACGGUUGGCUCAGCUUCCGCCACUGAAAAUGCUGCAACAAGUAGUGGUGCAUCUGGCGCAGUAUCUAAUGGGCAAUCAAGUGCAACUGGUGGAGUUAAUGCCGAAAGUGGAGCAGAAUCUAACUCUGUUACUUCCGGUUCCGCAAAUACUGUGGCUUCCCCAUCAGCCGCAGGAAGCGUUGCUGUGAGUGAAGGUGGCGCAGUUGAUGCAGCAUCUACCGUGGAUUCCACAUCUGCCGCAGGAAGCGUUGCUGUGAGUGACAGUGGUGCAGUUGAUGCAGCAUCUAUUGGACAAACAAAUGCCGUGGAUUCCACAUCUGCCACAGGAAGCGUUGCUGUGAGUGACAGUGGUGCCGUUGAUGCAGCAUCUAUUGGACAAUCAAAUGCCGUGGAUUCCACAUCAGCCCCAGGAAGCGUUGCUGUGAGUGACAGUGGUGCCGUUGAUGCAGCAUCUACUGGACAAACAAUAGCCGUGGCUUCCCCAUCAGCCGCUGGAAGCGUUGCUGUGAGUGACAGUGGUGCAGUUGAUGCAGUAUCUAUUGGACAAGCAAAUGCCGUGGCUUCCCCAUCAGCCGCAGGAAGCGUUGCCGUGAGUGACAAUGGUGCAGUUGAUGCAGCAUCUAUUGGACAAUCAAAUGCCGUGGAUUCCACAUCAGCCGCUGGAAGCGUUGCUGUGAGUGACAGUGGCGCAGUUGAUGCAGUAUCUAUUGGACAAGCAAAUGCCGUGGCUUCCCCAUCAGCCGCAGGAAGCGUUGCUGUGAGUGACAGUGGUGCCGUUGAUGCAGCAUCUAUUGGACAAUCAUAUGCCGUGGAUUCCACAUCAGCCCCAGGAAGCGUUGCUGUGAGUGACAGUGGUGCCAUUGAUGCAGCAUCUACUGGACAAACAAUAGCCGUGGCUUCCCCAUCAGCCGCUGGAAGCGUUGCUGUGAGUGACAGUGGCGCAGUUGAUGCAGUAUCUAUUGGACAAGCAAAUGCCGUGGCUUCCCCAUCAGCCGCAGGAAGCGUUGCCGUGAGUGACAAUGGUGCAGUUGAUGCAGCAUCUAUUGGACAAUCAAAUGCCGUGGAUUCCACAUCAGCCGCUGGAAGCGUUGCUCUGAGUGACAGUGGCGCAGUUGAUGCAGUAUCUAUUGGACAAGCAAAUGCCGUGGAUUCCACAUCAGCCGCUGGAAGCGUUGCUGUGAGUGACAGUGGUGCAGUUGAUGCAGCAUCUAUUGGACAAACAAAUGCCGUGGAUUCCACAUCUGCCACAGGAAGCGUUGCUGUGAGUGAAGGUAGCGCAGUUGAUGCAGCAUCUAUUGGACAGUCAAAUGCCGUGGAUUCCACAUCAGCCGCUGGAAGCGUUGCUGUGAGUGACAGUGGUGCAGUUGAUGCAGCAUCUAUUGGACAAACAAAUGCCGUGGAUUCCACAUCUGCCACAGGAAGCGUUGCUGUGAGUGAAGGUAGCGCAGUUGAUGCAGCAUCUAUUGGACAGUCAAAUGCCGUGGAUUCCACAUCUGCCGCAGGAAGCGUUGCUGUGAGUGAAGGUGGCGUAGUUGAUGCAGCAUCUAUUGGACAAUCAAAUGCCGUGGAUUCCACAUCAGCCGCAGGAAGCGUUGCCGUGAGUGACAGUGGUGCCGUUGAUGCAGCAUCUAUUGGACAAACAAAUGCCGUGGAUUCUACAUCAGCCGCAGGAAGCGGUGCUGUGAGCGAAAAUGGCGCAGUUGAUGCAGCAUCUACUGGACAAACAAGUGUUACAGAUGCCUCUGCAACAGGAAAUUCUGCAGUAAGUGAAAUAGAAUCAAACUCUGCUGCGUCUAAUGGACAAACGAUUGAUUCAGCUACAGUCCCUGAAAAUGUUGUGAGUGAAAUUGGAGUAGAUGGCUCUGUUGCAGCUCCAGGAGGUGCCAUAGUAAUUGACAGCAACUCAGCUUCAAGUACCACUGAUGUAGUAUCCAAUGAACCAACAAGUGCUGCUGAUGCUUCUACUGUUGGAGUUUCUGCUUCACCUGAUGCGCCACUUGAACAAACAGUUAGUGACUCUACCUCCGGUUCUGAUGCUGCAGUAAGUGGAAGUGAUGUAGCUUCUGGAGUCAGCGGAAAUGUUGUCACACCUAAUGAACCAGUGGUUACAGGAAGUGAAUCUGGUUCAAACACUGGUAUCACUGAUGUAGCAUCGAAUGGACAAGCAAAUGUUGCCGAUAUCAGUGGAGCUGGCUCAAAUGCUGCUCCCUCCAGUGUUGCGCCUAAUGGUCAAACAAGUAACGUUGAUAACUCAGUCGUAAUUCCUAAUGAACAAGAAACCGCUGUCAAUGAUGUUGCUCCAGCAGUCGUUGAAGGUAGUGCAAUUGCACAAAAUACUGAAUCUUCAAAUACACAAGUAAAUGCUGUUGAUGCUGUAUCUUCUUCAGGAGCCGCAUCUGAGACUUCAUCAACUGUGAACUCAGAAGUUGUCACGAACGUAGCUGACACAGCCGCUGUUGGUUCCUCUGAUGUAACUGUAGCUAGUCAAGGUGAAGCUAAUUCUGUCGCUUCAGAAGUAUCAUCUAAUGGACAAGCGAGUACGAACGAUGUUACAGUUGCCGAAGAUUCUGCAGCUGGAGAAACUGGAUUGAAUAGUGUGCCUUCAGAUGCUACUACCACUUCUGUUGAUACACCGGCUGCACCUGGAGCUUCUGAAGUGGCAUCAAAUAAUCCUACAGCAUCUGAUGUUUUAUCAAGUGAUAUCAUAAUUGUAUCAGCUACUGAAAUUCCUAUUACACCGGAAAUCUCUCCAGUUUCUACCCCAUCUAAUGCUGGUGUUAAUGAGCCUGCGACCGCAGAUGCAAAUGUACAAGAUAGUAGUGUGGUCUCAGCUGCAUCUGCUUCAGCUGUCUCCGAAAAUGUUACGGCUGAUGCCACAGUCACCAAUAAUGUGCCAAGCAAUUCAGUUGUUGAUGUGAAUUCCGCUGGAGCUAAUGAAGCUGCUGCCAACACAGCCAGUGCAUCAGAAGCGUCCGCUGCUGCCUCAGGAUCAAAUGCUGUUGAUGCUACCGAUGCCAGUGCCGCAGGUCCAUCCGAAACGGCUCCUGUUGCCUCAUCAAAUGUACCUGACGUAAGCAGCUCAAGCAGUACCGCCUCAGAGGUUGUACCUGUUUCAUCUGUUUCGGGCAGUGAAUCUGCAGUCGCCGUUGAAUCAUCAACAGUCGUCGGUGAUGGCAGUGAUGUGGUACCAACUGAUGCUCCAGUCCCAUCGGAAACCCCUGCUGGCACAGACACACCAGCUGUCAGUGAACCAAGUACUGACUCACCAGUACCUGAAGCCCCAGUGAAACCCGUCCCAGCAGUAGAUGUUGCACAGUCUGAAGUUUUGCCAGAAACAACCGUAGCUGAUGUUCCAAUUACAGAGGCGCCAGUGGCAGUAAAUCAGGCUGCUCCCGAAAACGUACCCGCAGAUGUGGUAUUUCCCCCUGAGGAACCGGGUGCUUCUAUUGUAGAAAUUACAACCCAGAUGUAGAUUGUUACCCCAGUAUUUGUUCUUAACUAAACGUAAUUUAUAACUCACAUUUUGUAAAUAGGUGCUACUAAUAUUAUACGUACUUAAUAAAUAUUAUUUGAUUCAGAAGCAAUA